CUGAGUGCUCGAAGCUUCGGCCGUGACGACGGCGACCAACGAAUCCUCGCCGUGGGGAAGGGUGAGACUCGCAGGUGGAGACCUCUAGUGCCCCCUGGGCCCUGGCUUGGGCGGUCAAAGACGCCGAGAAAGGAGAAAGAACUCGCGAGAAGCGGUGCGCCGUGGCAACAGCCCCGCGCGCCGGUGUCGCCUGGGCCCUUCGUGUGCCCCUGCCGGCUGCCGGAGACGGCCGGACCCCACGUCGGGACCCCCAUAUAUCACGGGCACGCGCGGGGAGGCCGUCGAUCGGGCAAGCCAAGCACGCUACGGGACGCUGUGCUUCGUCGACGCGCAUAGGCGCAUUGCAGUUGCACGCCCGGCGCGCGCGUGUGAUCAGCGGAGUCGGUUGCCGCUAGGGGCUGAGGAACCGUGCGCGCCGAGCGCGGCGCGGGACGGCGAGAGGAGAAGGAGAUGAGCGAGGCGGACGGGCACGCGGGGGCCGACGAGGCGCCUAGCCGCCCGGCGCCGCGGCUGAACGAGAGGAUCCUGUCGUCCCUGUCGCGGAGGUCCGUGGCCGCGCACCCAUGGCAUGACCUCGAGAUCGGUCCUGACGCUCCUGCUGCGUUCAACGUUGUCGUGGAGAUCUCGAAAGGGAGCAAGGUCAAGUACGAGCUCGACAAGAACACUGGGCUCAUCAAGGUCGAUCGCGUGCUGUACUCAUCGGUGGUGUACCCGCACAACUACGGCUUCAUCCCGCGAACGCUUUGCGAGGACAACGACCCCAUGGAUGUGCUGGUCCUCAUGCAGGAACCGGUUCUCCCUGGCUGCUUCCUCCGAGCCAGAGCGAUCGGGCUCAUGCCUAUGAUCGAUCAGGGAGAGAAGGAUGACAAGAUCAUUGCCGUCUGCACCGAUGACCCCGAGUACCGCCACUACAAUGACCUCAGCGAGCUCUCGCCGCACCGUGUCCAGGAGAUCCGACGAUUCUUCGAAGAUUAUAAGAAGAACGAGAACAAGGAGGUUGCUGUGGAUGAGGUUCAGCCUGCGAGCGCUGCCCGCGAUGCCAUCCAGUACUCCAUGGAUCUCUAUGCGCAGUACAAUCUGCAGACCUGCAACAGUAGUUUUGUGGCACCUGGACACUUGGUUCUCCACGAGAACUUGGCGUGUGUCGAAAAGUCGAAUUGAACUAUGAGUAUGCUUAGCCAGAGAACACAAAGCCUU